GCAAAUAUAAAAAAAUAUAGAGAAAAAAAGCGCCACAACACACUCGGUUGUCAUAGUAACAAAAAUGGCGAAUUUGUCAGUUGAACAGGUGAAAACGAUCUCCUGUUUACCACCGGGAGUAAUUGCUGAAGAUGCGCUGUGUAGCACUUUAAAUCUGCCAUCAUGUGACAGGGCCAAGGACAUCCAGUACAGUCUUUAUUUGGAAAUUGUGUACAAUCACCUGAGAUUUGCUGUCGAUAAAGGUUUUACCUGGCCACAAGUUUGUCAGAUCCCUUACAUUGCUGGGAGUUUGCUUCAGAGAGUUAAAGUACAAAAGCUUCCCACGUUUUUGAAGUACCUCUUUACCCAGUCGAGAAACUGGUCGCAGAUUCUCGGUCCGCGAAACUACAAACUCUACAUGGAAUUCCUGUGCCAGAGCAUUGUACAGCAUUUUCUACUCUACAAGCACGUCUUUAGUUUCGUACCCCGGAAGGUUCCCCAACUUAAUCUCACCGUCUAUACACCCGUUGAACCGAAUUCGUUGUCUGAAGGAAAACCGAUUGAAAUUUGGAACUACGAGCAGCAGCUCGCCGAAUUAGCAAACGAAGAACAGGAAUUGUUAAAGAAAUUUGAAAGUAUGGAGACUAAAUGUUCAAAAGAGAUAUUUGAUGAAAUUCUGGGUCCAACAGAGGAAAGUUUUCAGAAAGAGCAUGUUGAAACUCUGGUGAAGAAUGUGGCAUCAGUUUUCUGUAACAAAAUCCAAGAUACAUUGGUGGCUAAUGUUGAACAAAAACACCAGGAAAUGCUGAUUAAUAUCAAGAAAGUCCUCUUACCUCGACCAGUAGCUCUCGUUAUUGGACUGCAGUGAUACUGGGGCACAACCUUGAAAGGUUUAGUCAAACAAAUCAACAUAGCCUGAUACAUAUUCUAUCAACCCCUUUUGCCAAAUCGCUAUGUCACAGGGACACAAACCAACACCAGUUGUCAUGUGGUGGACAAACACAGAUAUUUGUAUUAAUAUUUAGCAGAAGCAACAGAGGGACUCAAGAGUUGAGUUUCAUGUAUUGGUACUUGUCACUCUUGAUAAGAGCAAACACAUGAAACCCUCAGACCUUAAGUAACUUUUGCUUCUGAUAAAUAUUAGCAAAAAUAUU